AAAUCCCCCCGGAACCCCCCAAAAUCCCCCCGGGACCCCCCCAAGCCAUGACGGUCAAGUUGGAUUUCGAGGAGUGUCUGAGGGACUCGCCCUGGUUCAGGGCUGCGGUGGAAGAGGCCGAGUCGGACGCGGCCGAACUCGAGACUCACCUGGAGAAGGUGCUGAAGCUCUGCUCGGCCGUGCUGGAGGCCGGGCGGGUUCUGGAAGGUUCCAGCCGCGCCUUCGCCGCGGGGCUCCGGGAGCUGGCGGGGACCCCCCGGGGGGACCCCCUGGUGCGG